UGAAGGUGCACAUACAGUACGGAUCAACGGCGCUGCUCUGCUGGAUGUCAGCGAAGCGCACCACAUCCACUUGGCGCUGGCCGCAUUAGUCAGAGGGGACACGGCAGGACGGCAACACAGUCAGCUUGGUCUUGGUGAACAAUGCAGAAAUCAAGAGACGCGUAAAGGAUACUGAGGAUCGAUGAGUGUAUUCUCCGUUUGAAUAUGUUGUGCUGCAGGAUCUGAGUAGGAAGGGAGGACAGGACAUCUCCCCGUAGUUGCUGGAACUACCGAGACAUUUUGCGCGGCGAAUCUUCAUGCGCAGGUAACAGGCUCUCCAGGAUUUAUCAGCAAAGAACAUUAAACGAAAAGGAACCUGUGGACUAUUAUAAAUGACAGCUAAAACCCUGUCUAGUCUGGGUCUAAGUCUUCAUCGAUAUGGAAUGUACUCAGUGGUUUUAACUGAUCAGGCUAGUGCUGCUCGGACACAGAAGGAACGUUUCCUUGUACAAUUGUGUAACAGCUUUGUUGUUCACUUGCGCUUGUGUGGAGCGUAAACGCACAUUGUGGGUCAUCGUCUAUUAGGCGAUGAAGGGUUCACAGAGGCUUUGGUAAAUACGUCUCUUUGAAACAAAUGAUGUUUAUAGUCUUUCAUGAGUGUUCUACAUGUUUAAACAUGACAAUUUAACUCCACGGGAUGAGAAGGAACGUCGUAUGCGUCCAUCGCAUGAAAAUCCACCAUCAACUCUUUCCCGAGCUUUCUAAGAGGAGCAGGAAAGGUCCGUAAGACGACGCGGCGUUUGUUAUCCUGAUAUAAGUCAACUCUGCAACUUUGCAUGGUGCCACUUCCAAACCACGAAAGCUGAUUUAAAGUGGAAUACAAGAAUAGAUGAUCAGCAGAGGACAGCGCCCGAAAUAACAGCUUCCAACAUGUUUAAAAGGGGCUGCGGGCUGGAGUUCCUGCUGGUGUUUUGCGGUCUGGAGCUGUCCUGGUCGUGCCCGCGCCACUGCAUCUGCUACACGGGGCCCAGCACCGUCAGCUGCCAGUCGCACAACUUCUUGUCGGUGCCAGAGGGCAUCCCGCCGCACAGCGAGCGCAUCUUCCUGCAGAACAACAAGAUCCACCGGCUGCUGCGCAGCCACUUCAGCCCCACCACCGUCACGCUGUGGAUCUACUCCAACAACAUCACCUACAUCGAGCCCAGCACAUUCCACGGCUUCUCCGUGCUGGAGGAGCUGGACCUGGGGGACAAUCGGCACCUGCGCUCCCUGGACUCGGAGACCUUCCGUGGUCUGAACCGCCUCCACGCACUGCACCUGUACCGCUGCGGCCUCAGCGUGCUGCCGACUGACAUCUUCCAAGGCCUGCGCAAUCUGCAGUAUCUCUACCUGCAGGACAACCAUUUGGAGUUUCUGCAGGACGACAUCUUUGUAGACCUGCAUAACCUGAGCCACCUGUUCCUGCAUGGCAACCGGCUGUGGAGCCUGCACCAGAACACCUUCAGGGGCCUGGGCGCCCUCGACCGGCUGCUGCUCCACCACAACCGGCUCCAGUGGGUGGACCGGCAGGCCUUCCACGACCUGCGGCGCCUCACCACACUCUACCUGUUCAACAACUCCCUGACGGAGCUGAGCGGCGAGUGCCUGUCCCUGCUGCCGGCCCUGGAGUACCUGCGGCUCAACGACAACCCGUGGGAGUGCGACUGCAAGGCGAUGUCGCUGUGGGACUGGCUGAAGAAGUUCCGCGGCUCCACGUCAGCAGUGGGCUGCAUGGCCCCGGCCGACACGGCGGGCAAGGACCUGAAGCAGAUGCGCAAGGAGGACUUCCCCAACUGCUCGGGCUCGGAGUCGCUGCACCAGAGCAACACCUGGGCCAGCACAGAUAAGGUGUCUCUGAAGAAGGAGCCCCCGCCACCCCAGCCGCCGCACACCAGGCCCCACCACCCCCACCACAGCGGACCGUACCCCUCCCCGCCCUCACCUCUGCCCCACCCGCCCACCUCCAUCAACGGGGAGCACGCUGGUUCGGGGGGUUUGCCGGGCGUGGCACCCCCGCAGAGGUCCGGUGGCCGCUCACGGAACUGCACCCGCCAGCGCGCCAAGGGGGGCAAGGGCCGGGGCCUGAACGACGUGCACACCCUGAAUGAGAUGACCGACAAGGAGUACUCCUCACCUGACUUCGGCGACGGCAGAGGCGGGAAGCACGACCCCACCACCCCGGAUGGCUCCACCCCGCGGAGGAAGCACAAGUGCACCCCUCGGACCUCUAUGGGACCCCCUAGUGGGGUGCAGCAGCCCACCGACUGGGCGCCUCCGCAGUGGCCCGGGCCUCUCCUCUGCAGCUUGCUGGCUGUGCUAGCGCCCCUAACCACGGAACUCAUCCUGCGCUGACCGCACAGCAGAGAAUCAUGGCCAUACAAUGACAAUGACAAUGACAAUGCAACCCUCCGACCUGCUCUGCUCUGCUCUGGCUCCGCCCCUGGAAGGCC